CGCCUGCUCUAGUGGCGGCGGUGAGUGGUGAGAGAUAAUCCUCGACUCGACCACAGACACACCACAGGGCUGAGCUGCCUCUGGAUCUGGAUGCUGGCAUCCUCGGAUUCUGCUCUUAGCACGGGCCCACUGCACGGAAACUUAACGGGACAACAAUGGUGCACGCCUCGGCGGCUGAAUCCGUGGCUGCUGGUCGCAUAGGGGACCGGGGAACGUGGUCAAUGUGACAUUCACUUGCACGCCGGCGUUCAGUUUAUUGUUCUGGUCCUAGACGCAGAGCAGCGAUUCUCUGAGAAGAUGUUGAGCCGAUUCAUGAGUGGCAGCAUCAGGAAUCUUGAGCGGGAAUACAGCUGCACCGUCAGACUGCUGGAUGAUACGGAAUAUACGUGCACCAUUCAGCGGGAUGCAAAGGGACAGUAUCUGUUUGACCUGAUCUGCCACCACCUCAACUUGUUGGAGAAAGACUAUUUUGGCAUCAGAUAUGUGGAUCCAGACAAGCAGCGGCACUGGUUGGAGUUCACUAAAUCAAUUGCAAAGCAAAUGAAAUCUCAGCCUCCGUUCACCAUGUGUCUGAGAGUCAAGUUCUACCCUCCUGAUCCCGCUGCUCUGAAGGAGGAAAUCACUCGAUAUCUCGUCUUCCUGCAAAUCAAGAGAGACCUGUACCACGGUCGGCUCCUGUGUAAAACCUCGGAUGCGGCCAUGCUGGCUGCCUACAUCCUUCAAGCUGAGAUUGGUGAUUACGACCCUGGGAAGCAUCCUGAAGGUUAUAGCUCCAAAUUCCAGUUUUUCCCUAAACAUUCUGAGAAGCUGGAACGCCGGAUUGCAGAUAUACACAAGACAGAGCUGAUUGGACAGACACCUGAAACAUCAGAGCGGAAUUUCCUGCAGAAAGCCCAGAUGCUGGAGACAUAUGGUGUUGAUCCGCAUCCAUGCAAGGAUGUGUCUGGGAACCCAGCUUUCCUUGCCUUCACACCAUUUGGUUUUGUGGUGCUUCAGGGAAAUAAGAGAGUUCAUUUUCUCAAAUGGAACGAGGUGACGAAACUGAAGUUCGAAGGCAAGACGUUCCACAUAUAUGCAAAUCAGAAGGAGGACAAAAAGAUCAUCUUGACAUACUUCGCACCAACUCCGGAGGCAUGCAAGCACCUUUGGAAAUGCGGAGUGGAGAACCAAGCUUUCUAUAAGCUUGAGAAGUCAAGUCAGGUUCGCACGGUGUCCAGCAGCAACCUGUUCUUCAAGGGCAGCCGUUUCCGUUACAGUGGACGAGUGGCAAAAGAGGUGAUGGAGCAGAGUGCCAAAAUCAAACGCGAACCUCCAGAAAUACACAGGGCUGGCCUCGUGCCCAGCAGAAGUUGUCCAUCCAUCACCCACGGACCUCGCCUCAGCAGUGUGCCGCGCACGCGUCGGAGAGCUGUGCACAUAUCUAUCAUGGAGGGUCUGGAGUCCUUGCGUGACAGCGCCCACUCUACACCUGUGCGUUCCGUGUCCCAUGGGGAAUCUUUCAUACCACGCUCCCGGAGCCACGCCACAGAUGCCAGCGACGGGACGGCGGUGAUCUCGGACGAGGCCUACAGCCCCUCCGACAGCGUCCUGCCCACCCCGGUGGCUGAGCACAGUAUGGAGCUGGCUGUCUCGCGCCAGAUCAAUGGGGCGCCCUGCAGCAUCGAAGAGGAGAAGGAGUCGGAAGCGGGCACCCCGACGCACGGGGAAGGGGGUGAUUUUGGUGCGGACGGUAGAUCUGCACAGGAGGGGGCAGGGGGGGACUCGGCCCUCAGCGAGGUGGAACAGGUGAAUAAGUUUGUCUUAAGUGUCCUCCGUUUGCUCCUUGUGACCAUUGGACUCCUCUUUGUCUUGCUCCUCCUCCUCAUCAUCCUCACCGAGUCAGACCUUGACAUAGCAUUUUUACGUGAUAUCCGCCAGACCCCCGAAUUUGAGCAGUUCCACUAUGAAUACUUUUGUCCCCUCAGGCGGUGGUUUGCCUGCAAGCUCCGCUGGGUGGGCGGGUUGCUCAUUAACAAGUGAGAGUGAGGUCGUAGAGUUCGUAAGCCCGUUCGGGGGUCUGAGAAGACGGUUAGGACUCCGGAGCGAUGGAGGGCAGCCUCGUCCCAACCAUGAACCCUGCUUCUCCCAUCAUCCUCCUGCAGACAUACAGCUUGGACCACUCCUGGUAAAAACCGGGCCAGGAUCUCUCUUCCCCACCUCCACUUUCAGUUAACCCCCCCCCCCCCCCCCCCCCCAACACCCCCCCAACCACCUCCUCGUUUCGCUUGUUUUCGUCUUUUUUUUCCUUUUUUUCCUACAAAGCCAGAGGACAUUUUUUUUUUGCAUUUUUCUUCUUUUUUUUUUUUUUUUAAUUUCAAGUCAUUUCAGGUAUUUUAUUUUUUCAAAUAACGACAAAGGAAAAAAAAUUAAAACUGCAAUCAAAGAACUGAAGAAUUUUACACAGUUCCUUUUACAGGAACGGAAGAUUUUGUUGCAACGGAUGAACGUUGCCGUCAUUUAUUAUUUAUUGCUUUUAAACAUAUAUUUGUGUAAGAGAAGGAGAAGAGAUGAUGAACGGUAAUCAAGGAAGUUGAAUUGUCAUUAGAAGAUGGAAGUGAGUUAGGUUAGAGUUGAUAGGCCAACUGCUGUGAAGUACAUGUGAGGCAAAGUAGUAUAAAAUCUUUUGAUACUGAUCCAUACCCAUCAGAAAUCAGCUAGACAAACAGCAGAUUCACCUCAUCAGAAAAAAACCAACAAACAGAACAAUCUGAACGGAAUAAUAAUGAAGGUUUGUGAAACAGGGAACAGACAGGGUGAUUACCAAAUGCCUUUUUUUGGGGAGGAUGACGAUGACUGUUGGCAGUUUUGAAUUUUGUGGAUUGUUUUAAGACGCAGUUACACUUUAGUAUACAAGGGUGUACAAAGAAAACUGGUGAAGAUCAAAGUAGUUUUUCUAAGGUUUUGUAAGGAUUCAGUAAAAAUAAAGCAGUACCAGUAAUAGUGUUACGUGACCCAGUAGUGUCAGACGCGGUUAGAGAUAUAUUCAUGAAGAGCAAAGAUUCACUGGCACCAAUAGAUAAUAGUCUUGAUAGAUGUGCAAUGCUCAUAUGGUUUUAAUAAUGAAGUACUUUUUAAUGUGCUCAUUUGUUCUGUUAUUUCUCCAAUUAAUUUGAUUUGCAUUUUCUCAUCAAGUUGAAAUUCGAUGAAUUUCAAUUAUUUCUUUGUAUGAAGAGUUUCUGAUUUAUUUUGGUUUCAUAUCAACCAUGCUCCUAGGUUUAUGUACCAUACUAUAUUAUUAUUAUUAUUACUAGAAUAAGAGUAAUGAUGUACUUUUUGUACAAAUUAGUUUGUUUCCUAAUAUAUAUUGACAGGUUUUCCAUGUAUAUUUUAACAGAACUGAAAUGUUAUUUUGUUAUUGAAGAUUAAAUUAUACUUUUUUUAGCGCUGUGUUUCAAGUAAGGUCAGAAGCAUUCAUGGAAAUGUGGAAGGGGGGACUAAAAAAAAGAACAAUAACAACAACAAAAAAAAAAACAGGGUUUUUAUCCAGAUCCACUUAACACUGAUCACAACUCUUAUCACUCCACCAGCAGUGAAUCAGCGUUCAAUGUAUGCGCAGUUUAAAACAUGUAUUUGUACAUUAUAAAAUCUGGAGAUAUCAUUAUACCAUUGCAAAUACCAAAUAAUCCAAAAACACAUUUUCACCUUUCAUAACUUUACCAUAUCUUACUGUACUUGAAGAGUUUGUAGAGGCGACUGUGAGCCUGACCGAUACUGGAUCUGCACCAUAUAGUUCAAACUUGUUCCUUGAACCAUGGCCGAACUUCCCACUAAAAUUUAUUUAGAAUGUGCAAAAUAAAACGAGAACUAAAAUGAUUAGUUAGUUGAUUGAUUGAUAGAGCAUUAACUGGCAACUAUUCUGACAACUAUUUCUGAAUAAUUGUCAUAUUUCAAGCAAGAAGGCCACAUGUUUUCUAGUUUCAGUUUCUUCAGUGUGAGGAUUUUCUGCUGUUUUCUGUUUCAUAUCUUUGUAAAUGUAAUAUCUUUGGGUUCCUGACUUUAAAAAAAAUGCAAUUUUCAAUAUGUCACCUUGGGUUCUUAGAAAUUAUAAAGGGCAUUUUUCACUAUUUUCUGACAUUUUAUAACCUAAGCGAUUAAUCGAUUAGUCUAGAGAAAAAAAAUAGGCAGAUAUAAAAUAUUGGAAAUAAUUGUUAGUUGCAGCAUUAAACAAAUUGUUUGGUAACUGACAAAUUAAAAAUGAAGAAUUAAAUGGGACCAGAAACGUAACCUCUCUGUUGGAGGAAACAGUGGCGUGUGCUUGAUUACACACUACAGUGUGUAAUUAUGACAAUUUCUGAGUCACCUGGUGCACUUUUUUCUGACCUCUGUGCUGCACUUACUUUCAUCCCUUUUUUUGUAUCAGCCAGAAUAAAAGCAGAUACCAAUAUAUCAGUGAUAAGCCAGUUUUGGUAAAUAAAAGCCGUCCUUUGAUUUGUCGGUCAGGCUCUAGACUCUUCUGCCUCGUAGCUCCAGGGAGCAAUAACUGUCAUGGCUGCUGGAUUCUGGGUAAAAUCUGUUUUUUGUAUUGCGUGUCUACCUCCUGUACCAAGUGCAGGUGUAAGUGUUAGUGUGUCUGUAUGUAGGAAUGGAAACAAGUCUCAAGGUGAUAAGCAAUGGAUGUAUAGAAAAGAGAAGAGUUAAAAAAAAAAAAAAGUAAAUUUUUCAUAUUUUGCUGAACAGGAGAAAGACUUACAGGAAUGGAAAAGUGGAAAGAUGUGUGAAACGAGAGAAAGAGGUAGAGAAGACUGAAGGAAAUCAGAAGUUCAGGUGAUCAGUCUGCUUCUUUGAAAGUGGGAUUUAAAACACAAAGAGGGACUGGAAGGCAUUUGGUGACUCAUCACUCUGAUGGCUGUACAGGGUUGCUUGUUUUUGGCCUGCUAUUUUAAACCCCUCACCCACCCACUAUACCGGCACCUGCAGCUGCUCCCGCUGUAGGUCCGAUGGUGCUACCUUCUUUGUUUGCUCCCGUGUGUAACCCGAGCCUGUCAGUCCUUGGCUAAGUUGCCGUCCUGACCACAGAGUAGCAUGCACUUUGGCGUUGUGGCUGGAUCCACUCCUUUUGCUCAUUAUCCUUCACAAGCCGUAGUUAUCUGUGGUGGAGGGAGAAGCGCCGACCUUUCCCAGCACUAUGCUAGAGGUAAUGUGAAAUCAUUAGAGCUGCACUGAGAAGCAACCUGUCAUAUAUAGGAGCUUAUUUAUGUCAAGGUAAUAGUUUUUAACUUUGAUCCAUCCAGUAAAUAGCAGAUGCAAAGAUGAAGCACAUUUCUUCUAACAUGGGGUGGAACAGGGUGGGGCGGGUUGACUUUAUUUUGUGUGUGUGUGUGUGUGUGUACGUUCAUACUUUAUAUUUAUUACUUCUUUAUUGACAUGAAGGCCAACAUGACUGGCCAGUCCAGGCAGGCUGAGUUGUUAGCAGGACAUCUUUUCAAGUAAAGGUCAGUCUGUAGAGGUUUUUCUCAUACAUCUAUCAGCAUUAUGUAGCUUCAGUGGUCCCUCUCUGAACAUGCAACACUUUAAAAGAAAAAAAGGCAGCAUUAUUCAAGGAGCAAUAACCAGCUGUAAGAGCAAAAAGAUGUGAUUUACAAACUCGUGUAUGAAAAUCCAACGAUGACUAUAUGUCCUUUCUGUUUCUAGAAGAACCCUUACCAAAUUGCUGUUGUGCUGACUCUUAACAACGAUGUGACCACUGAGACACUUAGUUGCUGUUGCAUUCAAUAAUAACAUUUUAUAAAAAAAAAAAAAAAAAAUCAAUUUUCCUUAGAGACCUCUCGUGUGGA